AUGAUUGGAAAGCCAGGUUCCACGUUGGACGUGGGUGCCGUGUUUCAAAUGCUGGACGACAUGAUGGUCACUGUGCAGACGACCGGCGCCAUAUGUGAGGUUGACUCCAACAUGCCCUUACUCCGAGCCCCAUCAGCAAUUGACGUGAUCGAGUCGGUGGUCAACGCGGUCCACCGCACGGGGGGUCUCGUGAAGUCGAUAAACACCGACGCGACGGAAGGUGGUCGAUACGAAGGUGCGCUGAUUCGGACCAACACCAUGUUGUGGUAUCGAAAGCUGCUCGUGCUCCCGUUUUCCGGCCAAUGGUACAACGUAGUGUUGAAGUCAGGCACGUACUUGUACCCCCUGAUGAUCUCACUCUUUGAUUAG